UUUUUAGGGAGGGGCAUGGGCUUCUUCAGUCUUUCAACACACACAUACAAUUUCUUCCUGAUAAAGUCAAAUGUUGUGUGUGGCUGUCUGUCUCAAAUACAGUUUUAUCUCCUUGACGUCUGCCUACACAGGCAAGGAUGGCUAUUGUGAACCCAGACAUGGUGCAGAUUCGAAAAGACAAAUUUGUCAGCAAGAGUUCACUACUCUCACAUCUCAAGACCUACAACCUGUAUUAUGAAGAACAAGCUCUCCAUCUCCGGCACAGAGAGGAAGAAGGAGAGCUCAUUAUUGAAGGUUUGCUUAACAUCUUUUGGGGGCUGCACAGACCAAUCAGACUGCAGAUGGAAGAUGGCAAGGAGCCAAUCAAACCUGCUCCUUUUAUUUCAUCCUGGUGUUCAGGAAGCGAUGCAAGCAAAGCAGAAUUUAAAAAUCAGAACAUAAACCUUAUAGCACCCACCAUUGAGGUCACAGGACCUGUGAACCAAUCAAAAUACAGUUCUAGAGAUGUCACAGGAGAAAAAGGUGAGGAGGUGAGCUCAUAUGUGCAGAGAACCAGGAGUGAUGUGGGCGGGAAGAGACUGAUAGGACGGUCAGCACCUGGAGUCCAGCGGCGAAUCAGGAGACACAGAUGUUCCUUCAAUGGCCACUUCUAUAACCACAAGACUGCAGUUUUCACGCCAGCCUUUGGUUCUGUGACUAACGUUCGCAUCAACAGCUCCAUGACGACGUCCCAGGUGCUGCGUGUGCUGCUUAACAAGUUCAAGAUCGAGAACAGUCCUGACGAGUUCAGCCUCUUCCUCCUGCACACCAGUGGAGAGCGUGUGCAACUGAAGCGGGAUGAGCACCCCCUGCUGGUCCGGAUCCUGCAAGGGCCAUGUGAACAGGUCAGCAAGAUUUUCCUGAUGGAGCCGGAUCAGGUGGAGGAGGUGACGUAUGACGUGGCGCAAUACAUUAAGCUGGAGAUGCCAAUACUGCAGAGCUUCAUCUCCAAGCUUCAGGAAGAGGAGAACAGAGAGAUGGAGAAACUCAAACAGAGGUACUGUGCCAUGCGCACUAUGAUUCAGAAGCACAUGCAGCGUCUGGCCAAUAAGGUGGUUGGGUAGCAGAUGGACCAGGCAGACAGCUGAGACCCUUUUCACAUCCACUCACUCUCUGCGCUACUUCACGUUCAGUCAUU